UUCACAGAAAAGCCCCCGACACAAGAUUUACGCUUCCUCAUAACGUCAGAUCUAGGUAGUUUGAGGUUAUUUGUGGAAGCGAUGCCAGGUUUCUACCCGGAAGUACUUGUAAACAUUGUAACAUUAAUUUGGCGUAUUGAAAAGACGAGCGUUGUUCUGUCUUCUUUGCCAUCUGAUAGCGUUAAUGUAUAGGCUAUACUUAUAUGUGUAUUUCGAGUAUAUGUGACAAAAUACAGACUGUCCUUCCUCAUCUCCUCCUUGGUGGUUAAAAACAAAUAGUGUCCGGAUAUAGACAAACUUGAUGUCAAAGGUGAACGAAUCAUGUGUAGCUAGCUAGAGAACGAUUGUUAGCAUCCAAGCUACAGAUAAAUCAAAUGAACAUUAAAUAUGGCCAGGUUGUUAAGUUAGCUACGAACCUGAAAUACAGUUUCCUUGAAAGAGAACAAGCGGACAUAAUACAGCAUGAAAUUCCUGAGCAGCAUUCUCACGGGAUUCACGUCACAUUGAAGCUACGCUCGGAAUUCAGAAUUCAAUGUAUUUUCUCCUUCCCUGUAAAACAUUUCUUCGUCCGCAUUGUAAACAUGAAACGGCUUACUGUGGAACUUUUAACAGACUUUAACGAUUUUACCGGAGGUAAAGAUUUAAGUGACUUUUUAAAACGAUGUUAUUCAGAUGUUACAAGUAAGAACGAACUGUUCGACAUUCGCCUUAGUCCAGAUGGACAUCACAUACAUGCUAUUCGCCGUAAAGCUAAGACUGAACUUAUAACUUUUGACAAAUGUCGAAGAACUCGUGUAAUACAAGACAAAACACAUCUAGAUUCAGGCUUGACGAGGACAGUGCCCCUUUCUGAUCUUAUCUAUUUGGAAUGUGGCAGCAGGGACGGUGAUUCAGCUGUUCUGGCGGUGGUAUUCGAGAAUGGAAAAACGGAGUUCUGGAAGUACUCCGAGCGAAAAGGAGGCUGGAAUUUGCUACAGACUUCUGAUUUGUGUAAAAGCCCAAGAGCAAAAAUCUUCUCCGUUUGCGCAAGCGCCACUUGCAUUAUCUGGUGCGAAGAGAGAGACCCCUCCAAGAGCUCUUCAGCUCUCAACGCUACUGGCAGUAAAUUCAGGUACUGUAUCUGCAAACGAAAUUACGAGAUAGGGGAUGUAUGUGUUCGUUUAGGAGGAGCUAAAGUCUUAUUGCACAGCAACCCCUGUUAUAGAGUUAUUACCUCAGGAGACAAUGCUUAUCUGCUGCCGGAGGUUAAGGAGAAUUCUCUUGCUGGUGGCAUUACCAAGGUCUUUCUCACAUGGUCCCUGCAGUACGGCACAGUAGCUGUCAAUAGUGCCUGCCAGGGGGCCCUUAUGAGGAAACACAAGCUGACUAGCAAGGACUCUGAUUUCAAGGUACUGAUAUCAGAGUGUAUGGGUGCACGGUCAACUAUUAGCCCCGUGGAAAUAUGCGCCUGUUCCCCUGCGGAACAUGGCGGCCUGCUGCUCCUCCUCAGCUCUGGCUGGGUCAGCGUGCUGCAGAAUGACGGAGUUUUGCGGCAGGUCUACAAGCUGGCUGACAACUGCCUGCCGAGCUGUGGUGCUGACAGCAGCAUAAGCAUCCACGGGGAUGUGCUGGCCCUGACACUCAAAAGCACCCUCUAUCUUAUCGACGUCCGGUGCGGCUUGGAGCUAGAAAAAAUAUCCUUGAAAACAAGGGGGGUCCUCUUUGACAGCUGCCUGGAGAGCUGCACCAUUCACCUUCUGUGUGAAUCUGGGCUGUUUGUGAUUAGACACAGGGACUUGGAGUCUGGUCAAAAACUUGUGGGUCAUUCCGAAAGUCUCAGACUGGGCUCAGUCCUGGUGGAGGCUGUGUUUGAAGAGGCUUGCAGGUACUACCAGCAGAGGAGCCUGAGCAGCACCCAGCUUACUGUGGAGAAGCUAAAAAGCUGCGAGCUGUUCCAAGCCCCCAUUGCCCUCUCCUCCAUCCUCAGAGACUACCUGAGCAGCAAAAAGACCGGCAACAACCCAGCACUGGAAGCCGGGAGCUACUCUAAGCUGCGGUUGUUGCUGGAAACCAAGCUGCAGAGUCUAGUGGCUCUAGAGGACUUGAAGAUGGCAGUGGUGGGCUCCUCAGACAGGGACCUGGAGGGCCACUGUGAGACCCUAGUACAGAAGGAGGUGAGCAGGCUGCUGAGCUCUGAGAUGGACAGGCAGAACAUGCUCUAUCUGAAUCGCAUCUUCAGCACGUUCCCGUCACAGGCCUGGCAGGCACUGCAGUCUGUCUUCCAGCUUCGUUGCAAGGGGGAUGGAUCCCUGUCAGCUGAGGCCCCUUCUGAGGUGUGGAAGACAGCCCUGAGCCCCACCCAUUACCCUGCCCAGGCUGCCAACCUCCACCCCCAGCCAAGCGAUCCCGCUGCCAACGCAGCCGUGCCCGUCUUUGAGCUCCUCUGCCGCUCCUUUUUCCACUUCCAGCCCUGCUGGCUACCCCGCUUCGUGGAGCUGGCACAGCAGCAGGCCAGCUCCUGCUCUUCUUCUUCCUGGAGCUGUUUGGUAGAGGAGACCCCAGGGAGCGCACCUCUGUAUAAGCGGGCUCUCUCUGUGCUCCCCGGGAACAGGGAGUUUUGGGACCUAGAGGUGGAGCUGCUACUCUGCAGCCGGAGGCCCAAAGCGGUCAUGCAGGCCCUGUGGAUCCUGAUUCGCCGGCAGCAGUGGGGGCGCGUCACCCAGGUGGCCCAAAGCUUCAGCCGGCAGAGCCCUCUGCUCAACAAGGAGAUAUUCACAGCCCUGCUGUGUGAGGUGACACAGCACCGGGACUUGGACCCCAAUCUAGAUCUGCUUUGGGCUCUGUGCCCUGAAGACCUGACAGUGGUCAGCAUCCUCGACAUAGUGCUGAAGAACCUUCCAGCUUCCGUGCAGGGCGGGGCACCCUACCCGGCCCAGAGCACGCAGCUCACCAUAGGCUUCCUCAAACCACUGCUGCGCAAAGUGCUCCAGAGAGAGACCAGGCCCAGCUGGAGGUAUGUGGACAUCCUCCAGUCUCCGUAUUGCCCUCCCCCCACUCCCCCCCGCGAGGCCAAAGGGCUGCCCAGGGCCCUGACGGACCGUGCUAUGGACCUCCAUGACCACAUACAGAACACUAUGUCCUCUGGGGCAAGUGUGAUGCCUCAGCCCCCUCACGUCUAAACCCCUCCACUGGUGCCACUAGCUAUCUGGAUGACUCCUCUCUCCCUUUUUUGUGAGGGAGGGUCAUUACUGAGCAUUUAAACCUCUGCCCCACCUAAACCUUAAACUUCUGUCCACAAAGGACUUUCCAUUCCAAAGUUUUAAAAAUCUGUGCAAAGUCUAGUAUUGUCAGAGCCCAUCACAGUGAAUAUUAAUUUUGAUGAUUUAUUUUGAGAAAUGUUU